AUGUCUGCCGAAAACGCUGAGCGACCCAAGAACGCGGUUCGUGUGGGAUUUCAUGGCUCCAAGUUCCUCUACGUCGACAUUACCAAGCAUUUGCUACAUGAUGGUGAAAAAGAGGUGAGCAUCUCCGCUCUUGGAAAGGCUAUUAAUGAGGCCGUUUCUGUUGUGGAAAUGCUAAAGGACCAGCAGAUGGUUCUUGUGAAGAAAAUCAGUACUUCCCGAGGAGGUGGUGAGGGCGCGAGGAACAACACGGUUGACAAGAUUGAAAUUGUUGUCACAAAGGCGCCUGGGUUCAACGAAAAAUACGAAGAACAACAGAAGAUGCGCGAGGCAAAGAAACUCGAGAAAGGAAAUGAAAAUGUCGCUAAGUGA